AUGUUGAACUGGGUAGCGAAGGUAGUGCCACAGCCCCCUGAUGGACAGGACAGUCUGGGGGAAGAAUCGGCCAUAGUGGUAAACCAUGAUUACAUCACCCACAAGCCCAUUAAUGUGGUCUUUCAAGUUAAAGUCAUCCAAAUCAAACAGGGAGGAAGACCAAACAUCUCAGAGCUCACAGGGCAGAGUGGUAUGAGGAACUGGUUCUCCAAUGGUUUCGUGAGCGCACUGCCCCAACCUGCAGGGAGUCCUCUUCUUUCCAGAGCCAACGUCGAAUCUAAAUCACUUCAAGGAGAAGGUACAGGAGACAGGACUGGAGUUAUUGGUUGGAUCUCACAGGGGAUUGGAAAGGUGGUUCCUCAGCCUGAUGAGAAAUACAGACAACAACAGAUUCCAGACUCUGAAGAAGUCACAGAGAUCUAUGAUGCCAAGGACCUCCCAGAUGUAGAGCCCUUGCCACAUAUACCAGUUGUAGAGAUGUUGUCAGAAGAUGAGCAGUCUGAGGUGGAAACCUCUGCUCAGUUUCCUCCUAAAGUAAUUAGCUGGAUAAAGAGUGGCUUCCAGAACGCUAUGCCUCAACAUGUGAUCAGACCUCCAAAUAAUUCCACAACAUCUUCACCGAGGUCAUCACAGUGCUCAAACAAAGCUUAUUCGCCUCCUCCAGAGUCAAUUACCAGCUUGACCAGUGAGGUUGAUUUCAAAACAACCAGUAUGGUGGGCAGGAUUGUUCACGGUCUUGGCCUUUCACUGCCACAACCAGUGCUGAAAAACAAGGAGGAUGGUGAGAUUGCGCAAAAUGGCAGUGCUAAAUCGAUUCCUGCAGACCUAAUUCUUGAGGAGGUGGAUUCUGAAGAUGAGGCUCAAGCAAAGGAAACAUGUUCUGGACGGCCAAUAAAAACAACUGUAAACCCUCUGCCAUCUCCACAAGCUUGGUCCCAACCACAGACACCUCGGUCACUGGAACAAUCUCUUCCACCGAGUGUAACCACACCCUCGCAAGCACACAUAGAGCUGGAGGAUGCAGAGACCCAAACAGCACGAUGGACACCCAUGAUGGAGAGCAUCAAGAGAGAGGCAGAGGACACUGCUAUAUCAAUUAUGGAGGAACGGUUGAUGCAGGAGCGUCUAGAGAUGGCACGCAUGGCAGAAGAGGUUGCGAGGCAGACAACAGAGAUAGCGUUCAGGGAGUUGGCACAGACUCGGUUUGGCAUUCAGACCAUUGUGGAGGAGCCAGAAGAUAUUGAUCAAGAAUUGCAAGUGCUGCAGGAAGAGGACAGUGAGAUGGAAAUCAUACGGAAUCAAAUUGCAGAGUGUCAAUUACCUUUAGUUAAGGAGUUUGUUCCAGAACAACAGGAGGCAGAGGGGGUAACAGACACUGUAUGCCCAGCUGAAACCCCUGUGGAAGAGUUCACGCCCCCUUCACCGGCCCCCACACAGGAGGAACCAGAGCCUGAAUCUGAACCUGAGCCUGAGCUUGAACCUAAACUUGAACCCAGACCUGAAUCUGAAGACUCUCUAGCUGAGGAGCUCCAUGAGGAAGAGGAGCCAGAGGACUCUGACGUUGAAGCUGAAUCUGCCCCGAUCACUCAGCAACCUCAGUUAAUUUCCAGCAGCUCGGCAUCACAAACGGAUACACCGGUGGAGAGUACAUCAACUGAAGAGGAAAGUAGUGUCCCUUCCAGAUGUGAUGUUCUAAAGAGCUGCCUCAUGCGUAUCCCCUAUGCACCACAGGCCCUGGACAGCUUCAACCAGUUCAUAAAAGACAACAACAUCGACCUUCCCAAAGUGCCUUCCAUGCCCAACUUGCCACCUGCUCUGGCUCAGAUCACCCAACAGCUGCCAUCACUACCCCCUCAACUAGCUCAGAUACCACAACAAAUCGCCCAGCAGAUUUCCAAAAUCCCUCAACAAUUCCCAAACCUGUCCCAGUCACGUUUUAGUGUUCCUCGCCAGUUUCCCAGCUUCCCCGUGCAAUUAUCCGGCUUCCCACAACAGCUGUCAAGCAUUCCACAACAGAUAUCCAGCAUCCCAGAAAAGUUGUCCAACAUUCCACAAAGGCUAGCCAGCAUUCCACAAAAGUUUUCCAUCUUUUCACAACAGGAAUCCAACAAUCCCCAACAACUUUUCAGAAUUCCUCAAACAAUAUCCAGCAUUCCACAAAAGAUAUCUAGCAUUCCACAAACAAUAUCUAGCAUCCCACAAAAGAUCUCCAGCAUUCCACAGUGUGCCCAGCAAUACUACUCUAACAUUCAGAACCGUCUAAACAAACUUAAACCAGAGCAGAUGCACAAGCAGCAACUGCCGAAGACUAGGGAUCUGGAACUGGACCGUCUAGUCCGCCAGUCCCCUCUCCACUCUCCCCGUACCCCCUCGCCCUCCUCCCCAAUCUCUGUGCUAGACCUGCCCAAUGUGCCCUCUUACCCCCGUCUGCCACCCAUCACCCCUUCCAGGCGGUUGUCAGGUGUAGCAAAUCCUGCCUUCCACAUUGAAGAUGACCCUACCUCCGCUAGACCCUCAGUGAGCUCCAGACUGAGUGUACACCCAGCUGUGAAUGUGGAAGAUGUUGAUUCUGAUGGAUUCCAAGGAAGGAGAUCCCACCCUAUACCCCCAAUCAUCAACCCUCAGGACCCCAACCUCAAAACUCUCACUGUGCCUGGUGUCCCUAAAGCCAACCGAACCAGCAAGAGACUUUACUCUCAAGAUGACGAGGAAGAGGAGGAGAUAGAAACCACUGUCAGGGCAUGGCCAAGCCAGGGCAGCAUCAUGAGUGCAGAUGACGGGCUUAAUCAACGGCCUGCCUCUUCAGCCAGCCAGACGAGUACUGUAGUAAACGAGAGAUUACAGGAGCUCGUCAAGCUGUUCAAAGAGAGAACAGAGCGUGUCAAAGAGAAAUUGAUUGAUCCAGAUAACUCAGACGAUGAGACACCACCUGCCUCCCCAGCUAAGCAAGCUCCAGCACCUCCUUCUGAGCCUGCAGCAGAGCAGAAAGUGCCUGAGGCCCCUGCUGAGAAAGAAGAGGAGAGUACUAAAGUUCUGUGCUGUAAGGUGAAACCUCAGUCCAGGAUUGGUCGGCUUCUGCGAUACCGUUUUCCAGCGAGCAUCGACCCCUUCACUAACCUGAUCUACGUACUUUGGCUGUUUUGCGUCUCUUUGGCGUUUAACUGGAAUGCAUGGAUGAUUCCUGUGCGUUGGGCAUUUCCUUAUCAAACGCCAGACAACAUUCAUGUGUGGCUGUUGAUAGACUACCUAUGUGACACUAUCUACAUUCUGGACAUCUUGGCAUUCCAACCCCGACUGCAGUUUGUGCAACACGGGGACAUUGUGAGUGGCAAGAAGGAGAUGAGAAAAAAUUACUUCAAAGCUAUACGAUUCAAGCUGGACGUGGUCAGUCUGCUUCCUCUAGAGCUGCUCUACUUCAAAACGGGGAUUAAUCCACUUCUGCGCUUACCAAGGAUACUAAAGUUCAUGUCUUUCUUUGAAUUCAACAAACGUCUGGAAGCCAUCCUGACCAAUGCUUAUGUUUACAGAGUGGUUCGAACCACCACCUACCUGCUGUAUGCUGUCCACUGCAAUGCCUGUCUCUAUUAUUGGGGCUCAUCAUUCGAGGGUCUGGGUUUCUCAGAUUGGGCCUAUGAUGGGACGGGCAAUAGUUAUAUUCGCUGCUAUUACUUUGCUGUGAAGACUCUGCUGACCAUCGGCGGCCUGCCGGGACCCACAACUCUCUUUGAGAUCGUUUUUCAGCUCAUCAAUUACUUUAUUGGAGUGUUUGUGUUUUCCAUCAUGAUUGGACAGAUGCGAGAUGUUGUCGGUGCAGCCACAGCGGCUCAGACGAACUAUCGUGCCUGUGUGGAUAACACAGUGAAGUACAUGGCCUCCUACCGCAUCCCAAAGGACGUGCAGAACAGAGUGAAAACCUGGUACAGCUACACAUGGCAGUCGCAAGGCAUGUUGGAUGAACAGGAGUUGCUAGUUCAACUACCCGACAAGAUGAGGCUUGACAUUGCAGUGGAUGUCAACUAUUCCAUUAUCAGUAAAGUGCCACUCUUCCAAGGUUGUGAUAGACAGAUGAUUUUUGACAUGCUGAAGAGGCUCCGAUCUGUGGUGUAUCUUCCAGGAGACUAUGUCUGCAAAAAGGAUGAAGUGGGCCGUGAGAUGUACAUCAUAAAGGCAGGGGAAGUCCAGGUAGUUGGUGGUCCAGAUGGGAAAACAGUAUUUGUAACCUUGAAAGCUGGAGCAGUGUUUGGGGAGGUCAGCUUGCUAGCAGUGGGAGGAGGGAACAGACGGACAGCCAAUGUCAUUGCACGUGGCUUUGCCAACCUCUUUAUUUUGACGAAAAAGGACUUGAAUGAGAUCCUGGUGCACUAUCCAGAGUCUCAAAAACUGCUCCGCAGGAAAGCAAAGAAAAUGGUGAAAAAGCCAGCUGUGAAGAAAGAGGAAGAGAAAGAACCGGUCCAGAUUAUUCCUCCUCGUGCCGAGACACCCAAAUUGUUAAAAGCAGCGCUGGAAAUGUCUGAGAAAUCAGGGUUUAAAGGAACAUGGUCCAAACUGAAGGAGAAGAACAACAGAUCCAGUAUCUCCUUGCAGCGCUCCAUCUCUUCUUCUGUGGUGCCCAACUCACCAGUCCAUGAACCGCAGUCAGAGCAAGACGCAGACACUCUGUCUCAGAUAUCAGACAGCUCAAUGCAAAUUCCCACGACCCCCACCGGCACUACAGAUGGGAAUAUAUUUCCUGAAGACGGCCAAGGAGAGGAGGAAGCAAAAUAACAAAGAACUCUUUGGACAGCUGGGAGAGCAUUAAAAUGGUCAAGCAAGACACAGUUGUGCUCUGUGUUUUAGAUCUAAAAUGGGUCAUAGUCUAUGAAAUGGACAGAACUUUCACUUCAUCUAUAUAAUCUACAUAAAAUGUCUUUAAAAUAAAUUUCAAUAGAAUAAAUCAAUAUCACAUGAGCACACAACAGCACGAUUGUUCUAUAAACAAGAGGUUAAUAUUACAUUUCAGGCAAUUAUUUUGUCUCAUUUUGCUCUGCUAACAAAAAUAGUUCUAAAUAAAACCAUAGCAAGAUCAACUGUUGUAUGUCACAGGGUUAACACACAGACUUGGUCUGGUCUGGAACACAGCGAACAUAGACAAGAAAAGUGAUACAAAUAGUUAAGCAUCCCAAGUGCUGUUAUAAUAGAUAUCAGCACACUUGGAACACCACUUGUCCAAUCAGAUUAUAGGACCAGAACGUAUUUUUGUAUAAUAUAUUAAUGCUCAGAAUAUGAGGCAAAUGAUGCCUACAUGGGGUUUAUAGUUUUUAAUAUUAGUUCUAAAAUACAAUUCUUCCUUAUGUGCUCCUGCUAUCCUAAACCAAGAGACAAGUGCCUUAAUAAACCCUGAACACUGUUUAGCACCGUACACAAACUUAAAACCCUGUACUGUCAGAGUCCAGGUUUUGUGGCUGAGCAAUCCUCAUUUGUUGGCUGCCAAAUUAAAGCAAUUUUGUAGCAUUUCUGGAACAGAGUGAGAUGUAACUUUGGCUAUGUGUCAUUUAUUUUGAAUAUUCAUAACUGGUAUUUGCUUAAAAGACAUGGUUUACGGGGUACCUUUCCCUGGGUUACUUCUCCCGGCCACAAUACGUAAAUACUGGAUUAAUGAGUGUGUUGAAGUUGUGCAGAUUUCAAUGUAAAGGUUUGAUGUUAUUCAAAUUAUGAAUGAAAAUUUAGCAGAAGCGUUAUGUGUGUGUGAUGCAUAAUGGUCCAUGCGCACACCGCUUAACCAAAAUGUAUUAGUCAUGUAGGCAAGCUUCUCUGUGUGUUGCCUUUGAGACAAAGGGUGAAAAAGUGUGAAAUGUAAUAUAUUUUCCUCUGUUCAUGAUAUACAGAUGUAGGCAUAAAGUGGUUGACAAAAUAUAAAAAUAAAAUAAAAUAAAAUGGUUGACAGUUUUUCAGAAUAAAGAACAGAUGGAUUGAAGCUUUGGAAAUGAUAUAGGUGUCCAAACAUUUUUGUAUAAACCUUCUCUGAUGAAUUGUUAUCAUUUCUGUUCUUGAUUUUGCCCCGAAAUGAAAGCUUCCUUGAAGUUAGUGUAUUUGCUAAAUAUACAGCAAUCAUUGAGAAGUUAUAUUGUUCUAUUUGUUCUUACAUCAUGCUAAACAAUCGAUAAGGAGAACAUAUAAUUUGGAGCUGGCAGCUAGACAUGAUUUACAAGCUGUUUUGGAGUAAUAUUGACUUGUCAUAUGCAAGUAUUGUUAAUUACUUUUACUGUUUGCUUCUAUAGAGAAUUGCGUAUUACAUUAGCUAUAUUAUGUUGCUGUUGCUGAAUUUUUAAUACAGUAUGUUUUAGUACAUUUUGAGCAGCUAAAAUGUUUCAUGGCCUGAGUAACCACUCCACACUCAAAAAAAUAUUUUAGCCUAUUUUUUAUUUUUUUUACACAUUUCAAUUUCAUAAUAAAAUGCCAUCAAAUUGAAUUGUUUAACUGAAUUAAAUUAAUAUAACAUUAAUAUUUAAAAUAUUUAGGUAUUAAAAGAUUACUCCAUUAAUUUUUUAUGAAUUUUGUUAUUAAAUUGAAAUGUGUAAAUCUUAAAAUAUUUUUUUAAUAGUUCCUCACUUGUAAAUAAUUGUAUUUAAAAUAAUUGUAAAUAAUAGUUAUGUUGAGGAUAAACUAUAAUAUACAUAACAAGGUACAUGCUGCUGGACUAACAUAGCUUGCCUAAAGUGUG